GAGCGGCGUCGGUGGUGUAGUGGUAAGCGUGGUUGCCUCUCACCCCAGUCGGUCUAGGUUCAAUCCUAGUCGACGUCGUCGGUAUUUCUGAGACAAAAAUAUCUGAUCACGCCUUCCCUCGGAUAGGAAGUAAAGCCGUAGGUCCCGGCCCAUGUGUUGAUGGGUUCGAUAUGUAGGGUGUCAGGUGUGUGUGGAUGUCUCCCUGACCGUCCGUGUUUAGGCUUAGUACCAGAAAUAGGCGGACGUUAAACUAGAGCUGAUGCCGAACGGUGUCGGCUCGCCAGAAAUAAGAAGAAGAAGAAGAAGAAAAUUUCUGUGUUUUACGUGAAAUUGUUUUGAAAAGUUGUACAAUUUUGAAAAUUUGUGCAAAUUGAGUGUCGCGUUUGUCGCCUGGAGAUUGUGAUUAAAUUGCAGCGUAUAUAAGUUUUUGCCCGAAAUCAUCAUGUUCCGCACGUCGAACUUCGACAAAAGUCUGGAAAAUGCUACCAGCAACCUGAUCCUGGAACCGGACUGGCAGUCGACGAUGGUCAUUUGCGAUUCCAUUCGCCAGGGUGACGUCACGCCCAAGUACGUGAUGCAGCAGCUGAAGAAAAAGAUGUUUUCGACGAACCCGCACACGGCGCACUACGCCCUGCUGGUGCUGGAGAGCGUCGUCAAGAACUGUGGUGCUCCGAUUCACGACGAAAUCUCCAACAAGGCCAACUGCGAGAUGUUCCAGAAUCUGGUCAACACCACCCAGCACGAGGAGGUGCGAGUGAAAAUGCUGGAGCUGAUUCAGGCGUGGGCUUGUGCGUUCCGGACGGUCUUCAAGUAUCGGUCCAUUCGGGACACGAUGAACAUUUUGAAGAGCGAAGGGCACAAGUUCCCCGAGUUGAAGGAAGCGGACGCCAUGUUUACGUCGGAGAACGCACCGGAAUGGGCGGACGGUGAUGUUUGCCACCGCUGUCGGGUGACGUUUUCGUUCACCCAACGCAAGCAUCAUUGUCGCAACUGUGGCCAGGUAUUCUGCCAGCAGUGCUCGGCGAAGACCAGCACUCUGCCCAAGUUUGGAAUUGAACGGGAGGUUCGGGUGUGCGAUGGGUGCUACCCUCAGCUGCAUAGGCAGACGCCGACCCUGACGAAGAAAGCUACGGAGGAGGAAGAUUUGCCGGCGGAAUACUUGAGCAGCUCUUUGGCUCAACAGGCGCAGGCGCCUGCCCGUAAAACAGACGAGGAGUUGAGAGAGGAGGAAGAACUUCAGCUUGCUUUGGCCCUUAGUCAAUCCGAAGCGGAAACGAAAAAAGCGACCCAAACUCGUAAGACGUUCCACAAGUCACCGAGUCCCGAACCGGUUAAGGUUCAGCGCAGUCCAAGCCCGGUUGAGGAAACCCCGGCUGAUCCGGAACUGCAACGCUACUUGAACAGGAAUUAUUGGGAACAGCGUCAAACUGCGGAUUCACCUGCUUCGCCGUCUGCCCCAAGCCCCAUGCCCAGUCCAAUGCCUGUCCAGGCGACUCUACUGGUGCCAAAAAUGGGAGCAGAAGAUGCCGAAAUUGACGACUUCGCUAGAUCGAUGAAGACUCAGGUGGAAAUCUUCGUUAACCGGAUGAAGUCGAAUUCAAGUCGUGGACGCAGCUUUUCAACGGAUAGCUCUGUACAAACGCUGUUCAUGAAUAUGACUUCAUUGCAUGCCCGACUCUUGACGUUUCUUAAGGACAUGGAUGACAAACGCAUGUGGUACGAACAAUUGCAGGACAAACUGACUCAGAUCAAGGACUCUCGUGCCGCCUUGGAUGUUCUUCGCCAGGAACACCAGGAAAAGCUUCGCCGGAUUGCCGAAGAACAAGAACGACAAAAGCAACUGCAGAUGGCACAGAAGCUUGAAAUCAUGCGCAAAAAGAAGCAGGAGUACCUACAAUAUCAACGCCAGCUAGCAUUGCAGCGGAUCCAGGAGCAGGAACGAGAAAUGGCAUUAAGACAAGAGCAGCAGAAAGCUCAAUAUCGCAUGGGCACAGCUUUCCCCUUCAUGUCCCCUCCGUCUCAAGGACAACCGCAAGGUUCACCGGCUCACGUCGGAGUUGCCAACUACCCCGGAUAUGGUUAUCAGCAAAUGCCGGCGGGUCCCUAUGGUCCUUCCGGAAAUCCACCCGGAAUGCCUCCUCAGAUGGGACAGCAGUUAUUCUCUCCGCAGCACGGUCCGCAAUCAUUGCCCGGAAAUGGUCAAUUUAUGGGACCUAAUAUGCCGCAAGGCCCGGAUGCCAACGGCACUCAUUCCCAGCAGCCACCACCUAAUCAACAACCCCCUCAACAGCAGCAACAACAACAAGGCCCUCUUCCAAUGGGUCCACCCCCAGGCAUGAACAUGAUCCCAGGCCAAGUGCCUCCGCCCGGAGUAGGUCAGAUGCCUCCAGCCGGUGUGCCACCUAUGGGGAUGGCUCCUCCACAGCAACCACCACAAGGAAUGCCUAUGAACCCAGCGGGAACAUUGCCUCCCGGAGCUCAUAUGUCGCAACAGCUACCCCCGGUAGUUGCCCCUGGGCCAGAGAUUCCACAGCAACAGCAGCAGCAACAACCGCCUGCACCACAACCGCCAGCCGGAGUACCAGUUACAAUGGCACCGGCUACUACAGCUCCUGUCGCCGCAGGUCCACCUCCGACAUCGAAUCCGGCGGCACCAUCAGCGCCCGAACCGGCCACGGCCGAAUUGAUAAGCUUUGAUUAAACAUUGUUUCGUAGUUAUGGGUACAUCAAGAGAUGUUUUUGGCUUUUUAUCCAUUAUCUUCUAUUAGUAAACCGUUUUUCAACUUUUUCAACUAUCGGCCGUCUAUCGUGAGUAGGAAGUAUUUCGAUGUUCUGUGAAUAGAAGUUUUGUCAUUUGUAGGAUCGAUCAUUAUGAGAAGAAUACAUUUAAAAACGUAACAUGUGACUCUAUUUGGCAAUGAGUGGAGCGGUGUAAACCACAUACAAGUAACACCAGCAAAAUUGUCAUGGAAAACGCUUUUAUCGACUAUUUUGAAUAAUCUUAGCUGUAAUCUUAGCAAGUGGAGGGGAGGCAGCUUCUUACAUUUCUUUUAAUACAACCUUCAGUCUGAAAAUUAUAGGUGUGAGUUUGAACACAAAUUUUAUGUAGAUCCCACUGUUGAUCGAAUAUACCUAAAUGAAUCGUAUUAAAUCACAUUUUCUGCCCUGAAUGGAACUCUGAAGUAAUGGCAGGGAACACCCUAGCCUAGCAACAUUAGCACUAGCACGCUACCUACAAUAGACAAACAUAAUGAGUUGUUUUAAUUUCUCCCAACUGGAAAUAAACAUACUAAAAAGAAAAAAGAAUAUGUAUAGAUAACUUCUGAUACCAACAAACUAUAUACUGACAUGUUCUAUUAUUGGCAUACUUCUGUACGGAAUAUUAUGUAAUCGUGUAAUCACAAAUAAAGAUAUAAAAAUGUA